AUGCAUGCCGUCUCCUCCAAGCGGCGUGCAGGUGCUGUUUCUUCCGCCUCCUCGUCGCUGCAAGCGUCGACCACAACGCCGCCGAUUCCCACCCCGUCACACCCCAAAGUCAAGAUGGCCGCGGCUACGACGACGUCGGCUGAACCAGGUCUUCUCGAGCCCACCGGCGUUCACCACCCGUUUUACAGUUUGUCUCCACUAACCGGGGCGAAGGCAUGGGCGGCGAGGGAAGAACCGUGCUUCAAUGGCCUGAUCGAGGCCAACGGCGGCGCAUCGGUGUUCAAGGGGCAUCCGGGUCUUGAUGUCACGUUCUUGACAGAUCAAGCCAGUUGUGAAUGGUUUUUCAGCCAGAGCCAAGAGGUCUUGGAUCGGCAGGACGGGGCGUACUUCGGCCCUCUCAAGCGCAAGCAGCAGUACAUCGGCGAGUCGCUACCCACUCUCGCAAGCAACCAGAAAGAGAUGUACCAAGUCCUCCGCGAACACAAAAUCACAGUGAUCCGAUCAAGGCUUCCCUUCGCGCAGUCGGCCAUGACCAACGCUACCGACACCUUCUACAAGAAUCUCAGGGACAUCGGCCUGGGCGAGUACACUUUGGCUUACGACUUCUUUCUGCAGCAGGCGAUACACUUUUUGCACGAGUGGAUCUUCGGCAUGGGGGUGGAGGGUGGUCAGCCUCUCCCGCCCUUCAAGGAUUUCAUCAAUGCUAACCCACCCGAUGUUUCCGUGGCGAAGAAGGCAUCCCUCGAGCAGCUUGCGUCCGUGGAGUCCAUCGUCGACGCCAUCCGCUUGUCCGAGGUCUGGGCCGGCUUCGUGGAGAUGCUCGAGGGCUGCAAUGCGAACACCAAGGAUCUGGAGCGAGAGUUCAUGUUCAUCACCAACGUCCAGGCGGCAGCGGGGAUGGCCAAGAUCAUGACUUUCGUAGUGGCCACCCUGGCGAAUAACGCGGAGUUUCUAGGGAAGUUGAGUGAGGAGGUCGAUGGAAAGAUUUUAUUGCGGGGUUCGCUUUAGCGUACGGCGUGCUUUCACGUCUAUCAAAGCUUGUUCUUUCGUUUUCUCGUGCUGAACGUUGCUGAACGUCUCCCGUGGUAAGGAUACGCUGCCGGAUAACCGUCGCCUGCCUCAUUUAGCACCGCCGCAACAUUACUGUAGGACCGCACCGCCCCAGAGCUCAAAACACAUCAACUAACUCCCCUUCGGUAUUGACUCUCUCUCUUCUGCGGCAACGAAUGUCAGGAUUUGACGUUCGAGGCGGUCAAGGGGGUGGAAAACUUCCCGCUGCUUGACAGUUUCAUCUGGGAGAUCAACCGGGUGUUCCCAGUCCC